GAGCAUCGCUUCAUUUCGUUUCCUUUUUCCUUUUGCUUCAGUAUCGUGCAUCUCCAUACCUCCAUGAGGCCUCAUAUGAUCGGUUUGUACGUUCGGUUCCUGUGGGAUCUCGUCAAGAAGGCCUUCUUUUGGCCAUACCGCGGUCCGAAGAUGGCAAAAGGCAAGGUGGCGCGGGUGCAAACGCAAAGGGCAUGGAACCGCUCGCUUGCUCUGACUUUGCUGCUGUCGUUCACGGUGGUCCUUCUGAUCUUGCUCGCUCUCGGGCUCGUGUCCCUUCCCGUGAGAAGAGAGAUUUCACCGCGGGAAGGAUCGACCCCCGUUCAUGCCCACACUGUCGAGAGAGCUGCAUUUGGAGGGUUGGGAGAGAGAGGGAAGCAGUGGACUCAGGUGCUCUCGUGGGAGCCCCGAGCUUUUCUUUACCACAAUUUCCUGUCCAGGGAAGAGUGUGAGUACCUGGUAAGUCUUGCUAAACCUAGCAUCAGCAAGUCGACCGUCGUCGAUGGCUCGACCGGGAAGAGCAUGGAUAGCGGGGUGCGCACAAGCUUCGGAAUGUUUCUCAACCGAGGGCAAGACAAAAUCGUGAGGGCAAUAGAGAAAAGAAUAGCUGACUUCACUCACAUUCCCGUAGAGCAUGGAGAAGGACUUCAAAUUCUGCAAUAUGGGCACGGGCAAAAAUACGAUGCACAUCAUGACUACUUUUCCGACCCUUUCAACACUAGGAAUGGAGGCCAAAGAAUGGCAACAAUGCUUAUGUAUCUGAGUGACGUCGAGGAAGGGGGAGAGACAGUGUUUCCAGCUGCCAAGGCAAACUUCAGCGCCGUGCCUUGGUGGAACGAAUUAUCAGAAUGUGGCAAACAGGGACUGUCUGUAAAACCGAAAAUGGGGAAUGCAGUACUUUUCUGGAGCAUGAAGCCUGACGGUUCGCUUGACCCGGCAAGUUUGCAUGGUGCAUGCUCCGUGAUCAAAGGGACAAAGUGGUCAGCUCCUAAGUGGAUGCACGUCCAGGAGUACAAGGUCUAAGCCAUCGUUUAUUACAGACUCAACUCAAGCAUCUCCUAAACGUCUACAAUUUACCUUUCCUGUACAUGUAUUUCAGGCAAUUUGUUUUGACAUUCAGAGUGUAAAUUGCCCAUAUCUAUUACAUAACUUAACAGGCUAAAUCGAUUCUCCAAUAUACGGCAGAAAAAAAAAAUAUUGAUGCAUAGAUUUUCAUUCCAUGAUCUGGAUAGAAGCUUUUUCUUACAGUUCA